ACCAGCAUGAGGUUCGACUACACAAUAAAGAUCAUCCUGCUCGGGGACCACGCCGUCGGCAAGAGCUCCCUCCUCGUGCACCUCGCCGAGCAGUACGAGCCGAAAGACAACAGCUGCCAGUGUUUGGACUUCAGGCCUAAUGGUCACGUGGAGUUGGCCAUGAGGAGGAACGGAAAGCGAAUACUCGCAAAGAUCGUGGACACGGGAGGUAUGUAAAAAGAAUUCACUUGUUAGAAAAGGUGGAGUCAGUCUGUUAAGGUCUGUCGUGUAAUUAAAAAAAAAACACAACACAGUUAUUGCUUCAAUGGUAAUACGUGGAGAGAUUGCAAUCAGGUUAGCAAAAUAGGAAAUGAGUAAAACAAAGUAUGGUCAAGGAAGCCUUCGUUGUUUAUUCACUGACGAAGGCUUCCUGCCGAGACGUUCGUUGUUUUGUUGCGUUCUUUUGUUUACGUUUGACCAUACUUUUUUUUUUACUCAUUUCCUAUUGUUUUAAUGUUGUUGUCAAUGUUGCAGAAACGCCUCACAGAUUAUAAUCUCGCCUACUUAAAAAAAAAAGACGUGGUGUACUGUCCAAACCUUGCUCUGAUUGAUCUCAAUUUAUUUUAUCUGAUGCACAAGUAAAUAAACACCUUACAAGUAUCCAUUUUCUCUUUGUUUUACAGGGGAAAUGCACUUAUAAAGUGUGUUUUAUUUGUGGGUGGGUAUGACAUAAAGCACAUUACCUUAAAGUGGUCACAAUUUCUUAAAUAGCCAAAAAAGACGAACGAUCCAGUUGUCUACAUUUAUUAAUGUGAAAUGUCCCUCCGGGGGAAGAUUUCUGAAAUAUAUCACUGCAUUUAAUGAGUCUGGGUCUGGGGCGUUGUGAAGGGCUGCUCCAAGAUACCGGGAAAAUUGCCUCCUUUUUAUUAAAAUUAUAAUUUCCCACUAGUAUUAACACUUGCAUAAAUAUCUUACACCCGUGUCACUAUCUUACACCAGCACGACUAUCUUACACCAGCACCGCUAUCUUUCACCAGCACCGCCAUUUUACACCAGCACCACUAUCUUACACCAGUACCACUAUCUUACACCAGUACCACUAUCUUACACCAGCACCAAUAUCUUACACCAGUACCACUAUCUUGCACCAGCAUCUCUACCUUACAGAAGCACCACUACCUUACAGAAGCACCACUAUCUUACACCAGUACCACUAUCUUACACCAGCACCGCCAGCUUACACCAGUCCAACUAUCUUACUCCAGCACCACUAUCUUGCACCAGCAUCUCUACCUUACAGAAGCACCACUACCUUACAGAAACACCACUACCUUACAGAAGCACCACUACCUUACAGAAGCACCACUACCUUACAGAAGCACCCCUACCUUACAGAAGCACCCCUACCUUACAGAAGCACCACUACCUUACAGAAGCACCACUAUCUUAAAGAAUUGUUUCUCUCACAGGCCAAGAAAGAUUCCGUAGCAUCACAGCGUCCUUCUACCGUGGGACUCAGGGUUGUCUUCUCCUGUUUGACGCCGAGAAGCCGGACACAUUCAGACACGUCAACAGUUGGUAUGUGGGUCUACGGCAUGAGAACUACUUGUUGUGUUGGUUAUCGGAAAUUUUGUUGGAAAUAGAUUUCGUCGACGGAAAACUAAUCGACGGAAGUUUGGUAGAACGGACGUUUGAUCGAAUUUUUUUUAUCCCCCCUUCAGUUUACACGAUCAAAUUUUCGUCAAAUUUCUCCUUGAACCCACUAUACCGGGGGUGGCCCACUUUUUCAGCAGGCGGGCCAAAUUUCAGAAAUAGUUUUCCAAAUGAAAAUCAGUAAUUCGGGUUCUCACUUGUGAUUUGAUUUGCUUCAAACGACUAAAAUGCGGUUCAUGCGCAAAUGUGUUUCCAUCUAGCGAAACCGUCGAAAGAGCAUGUUUGUAAAAUGCAGGAUAUUGAUCCUUGUCCCAACACUUGUCCCACUGCCUCUAACAAAUCUCGUGACUUGGUAGUGUCCUUAAGUGGGUACAGUGCCGCUAAUUCUUCUGUCUUUUUAAAAUGGACAUCAACACCACUGAUGAAAAUCGUCAGUUGGUCAGUAUCUGCCAUAUCUGUGCUUUCAUCCAAUGCUAAAGCAUGAAAUAUAAACGCGGAUGCUUGACUUUUCAAAGUAUCCUAAAUAGGUUUUCCAAUGUCAUCCACACAUUUGAAUUUUUGCGAAAAUGGGGCAUAAUUAAAAUAGCUCAAAAUCAAUGAAUUUUUUUUAUUUUUAAAUGCGAGAUAUUUCAAGAUUAUCUAGGCUAUAAUUUAAAAAUAUAUGAAAUGAACGCCUCAUGAUGUAAUGUUCUUUUGGUGAUGUGUACAAAUACUUCAACACUUAUGUUCAUUUAACAUAGUUCCGCGGGCCGCAGCAUGACUCCUGGUGGGCCGCAUGUGACCCGCGGGCCUCAUCUUGGCCAUCCUUGCACUAUACUAUUUAGUAAAGCAAAAUAAUGCGUUCAAAAAGAAAUUUGACGCAAAAUUUGAUAAUGUGAAUUGAAAAUAAAAUUCUAUCAAAAAUUCUACCGUUCGACCAAACUUUUGUUCGAUCACUUUUCCGUCGACGAAAUUUCUUUCAAACAAAUUUCCGGAUAUGGAAAACACUAGGUGUGUAGGUGUAUGACAUGUAAUUCAUUAGCCUUUAGUCGAUGACAUAUGAACAUUUGGUAUGUUAAUUGUAAAAAAAAAAAGAUAUAUGUGUUAACGUAAUGUUUGUGUCUGACAUGCGCACAACGAAUUAUAGGAACUAGGUCUAUAACGGCUUAAAGCAUAGUUCCUCUCCAUUCAGAUACCCUCCCCCUCUCCCUGAUUCCACAGUCCUUUGUUUCAUUUUCGAAAGGGCCUCAGAAAUAAAGCUUACUUCACUUACAAGCUUUCUGCACUUACAUGCCUACUUCACUUACAUGCCUAAUUCACUUACAUCCUUACUUCACUUACAAGCCUUCUGCACUUACAUGCUUACUUCAAUUACAUGCCUAAUUCACUUACACGCUUACUUCACUUACAUGCUUACUUCACUUACAUGCUUACUUCACUUAAAUGCUUACUUCACUUAAAUGCUACUUCAAUUACAUGCCUACUUCACUUACAUGCUUACUUCACGUACAUGCUUACUUCACUUACACGCUUACUUUAAGUACAUGCUGGCUUCAUUGACAUGCUUAUUUCACUUACAUGCUUAAUUCGCUUACAUGCUUACUUCACUUACAUGCUUACUUAAUUUACAUACAGGUGUACUUUACUUACAGGGUUACUUUACUUAGAGUCUUUCUUCACUUCAUAAUUAUGUUUGUUCUAUUUCAGGCACACAGACUUAGAGAUGUACACAAGCAGACAGCCGAUGUCCACGUUCUUGUUAGGGAUCAACACACAAUCACACAACAGGCAGGUGGGUCAACACACAAUCACACACCAGGCAGGUGGGUCAACACACAAUCACACACCAGGCAGGUGGGUCAACACACAAUCACACACCAGGCAGGUGAGUCAACACACAAUCACACACCAGGUAGGUGGGUCAACACACAAUCACACACCAGGCAGGUGGGUCAACACACAAUCACACGCCAGGCAGAUGGGUCAACACACAAUCACACACCAGGCAGAUGGGUCAACACACAAUCACACACCAGGCAGGUGGGUCAACACACAAUCAUAUAUCUAGGCAGGUGGGUGAACAUACAAUAAUAUACCUAGGCAGGUGGGUGAAUAUAGAAUCAUAUAUCUAGGAAGUUGGGUGAGCAUACAAUCAUAUACCUAGGCAGGUGUGUGAACAUACAAUCAUCUACCUAGGCAGGUGUGUGAACAUACAAUCAUAUAUACCUAGGCAGGAGUGUGAACAUAUAAUCAUCUACCUAGGCAGGUGUAGAAACAUACAAUCAUAUAUCUAAGCAGGUAUGUGAACAUACAAUCAUAUACCUAGGCAGGUGUGUGAACAUACAAUCACACACCAGGCAUGUGGGGGAACAUACAAUCAUAUAUCUAGAAAGUUGGAUGAACAUACAAUCAUAUAUCUAGCAAGUUGGAUGAACAUACAAUCAUAUAUCUAGGCAGGUGGGUGAACAUACAAUCACACACCAUACAGGUGGGUGAACAUACAAUCACGCACCAUACAGGAGGCUGAACAUACAAUCACACACCAUACAGGUGGGUGAACAUACAAUCACACACGAUACAUGUGGGUGAACAUACAAUCACACACCAUUCAGGUGGGUCAACAUACAAUCACACACCAGGCAGGCUGGUGAACAUACUACUAUCAUACACAAGGUAGUUAAGUCAGCACACAAUAACAAGUUUUUCCAGGUUUGUCUAAACCAGUGGUUCUCAACCUUUCAAAAUCCGCGACCCUUUAUUACAGUUCCGCAUGUUGGUGCGACCCCCAACCACAAAAUUAUUUUCGUUGAUACUUUAUAACCGUAGACCAUAUGUGUUUUCAGGUGAUCUUGUGCGACCCCCAAAGGGGUCGCGACCCACAGGUUGAGAACCACUGGUCUAAACGUUAUAAAAUUUGAACAGCGGAUUUAAACUGUGAACUUUUGAAAUGUCGGCCAACUUUAUUAAUGUGACAUCUUCAUCAUCAUCAGCAUCAUCACAUUUUCAGCUUUCUAGGACAAGAGGAUGUUACAUAGCGUAUAUUUUUUAAUACUAACUUAUCAUAUAUUUUUUUAUAUUUACAUAUCGUUUACUUUUUAAAUACUUAAAUAUGCUAUAUUUUAAAGAACUCAAAUAUUCGGAAUAUUUUAAAUACUUACAUAUUUUAUAUUUUUAUUACUUACAUAUCUUAUAUUUUUAUAACUUGCAUAUCGUAUAUUUUUUAAUACUUAUAUAUCGUAUAUUUUUUAAUACUUGCAUAGCGUAUAUUUUAAUACUUACAUAUCGUAUAUUUUUUAAUACUUGCAUAGCGUAUAUUUUAAUACUUACAUAUCGUAUAUUUUUUAAUACUUGCAUAGCGUAUAUUUUAAUACUUACAUAUCGUAUAUUUUUUUUUUACAUAUCGUUUAUUUUAUAAUCAUAUAUCUUUUUAUUAAAAAAAAAACAUCAACGAUUGUUUAGCUUUUAAUCCUGACGACUACAGCCUAUCUCGCAUUUCUAUGCCCCCCCCCCCCCCCCCCCCGUCAGGUGACACCAGAGCAAGUGGAGCGCCUCGCCACACAGCUCGAGAUGCAGUAUCACGAGCUGCUCCUCACCAAGAAGUCCAACGCCGUGGAGAUCGUGUUCGCCCUACUGGACAAGAUCGUCACGCACGCGUCUCGCCUGCCGUCCCUGACGAUAGACAUUCUGCCCUACCAGGCCAGGCAGCAUCUGGCCGAGAAGGCCAGGCGGGGCAGCCAGGAGGGCGUGCUGGACGCCGAGAAAUUUAAAUGUGCCUGCUGA